AUGCCGGGACCCGAUUUAUUAUCGAGCCAAGGGCUUCGGCUUGAUGGUAGAAGACCUAACGAGCUUCGUCGUAUCAGAUGUAAAUUGGGGGUAUUCACUCAACCAGAUGGCAGCGCAUACUUGGAACAGGGAAAUACGAAAGUUCUAGCAGCUGUAUAUGGGCCCCAUCAGGCGUCUAAAUCAAAGAGCUCAUCGGAAGGUGUCGUUGUGAAUUGUCAAUAUAGUAUGGCUACAUUUUCGACUGGUGAGAGGAAAAAUCGUCCGCGCGGUGAUCGUAAAUCCCAGGAGAUGUCAAUGCAUCUAAGACAGGCGUUGACAGCCGCUAUCAAAACAGAAAUGUAUCCGCGGUCACAAAUAGACAUAUAUGUUGAAGUGUUACAGGCAGAUGGUGGUGCGUACUGCGCGAGUGUGAAUGCGUCCACACUAGCGUUAAUAGACGCGGGUAUACCUCUAAAAGCCUACGUGUGUUCGUGCUCAGCCUCUAUGGCGUAUAAAGACGGUGUGCCCGAGCCUUUGUUAGACGUGGGGCACGUAGAAGAAGCGGCUGGCGGUGUUACUUUGACGGUAGCGAGCUUACCUAGUACUGGUAGUAUAGCAUUACUGGAACUCUCUCAUAGAUUGCACAGCGAUUACUUCGAGACCGUUCUUAGUAGAGCGAUGCAAGGAUGUAGGGAUAUUGAAAUUAUCCUGGACAAAGCAGUGAGAGAGCACCUCGCUGAAGGAUGGACCAAGCAAGAUGUUAUCACUAUAUGA